GACUCCUUCUCCUUCCAGAGACCUCGGACGACACCAAAGGAUGGCGGCCUCGAAGCUGGUGCUGUCGCUGCUGGUUGCAGCUCUCCUGCUGCACGUUGCCACCACGCUGAAGAUCAGUGCCUUCAACAUCAAGGCGUUUGGGGACAGCAAGAUAUCCAACCAGACUAUCGCAGAUAUCAUUGUCUCUAUCCUGAUGGAGUAUGACAUCACCUUGGUGCAGGAGGUCCGGGACGCUGACCUGAGUGCUGUGAAGCUGCUCAUGGACCGGCUCAACAGUGCGUCACCACACCCAUACAGCUUUUUGGACAGCAUCCCCCUGGGUCGGACCAGCUACAAGGAGCAGUACCUCUUCGUCUACAGGUCAGACAUGGUCUCCGUGCUGGGAAGCUACUACUAUGACGAUGGCUGCGAGCCCUGCGGGACCGAUACCUUCAGCAGGGAGCCCUUCAUCGUGAAGUUCUUCUCACCCACCACACAGGUGGAGGAGUUCGUGAUGGUGCCCCUGCACUCCGAGCCCAGCAGUGCGGCUGAAGAGAUUGACGCGCUCUACGACGUCUACACUGACGUCGUCAACAAGUGGGCGACUAACAACAUCUUCCUCCUGGGUGACUUCAACGCCGACUGCUCCUACGUGACCAGCACCCAGUGGCCGUCCAUCCGCCUGCGCUCCCUCGACGCCUGCGAGUGGCUCAUCCCCGACAGCGCCGACACCACCGUCGCUACCACCACCGACUGCGCCUACGACCGCAUCAUCGCCUGCGGUGCUGCGCUGCGCCAAGACAUCGAGCCCGGCUCCGCCACUGUCAACAACUUCCAGAAGACUUUCAACCUCCAGAACAAGGAUGCUUUGGCCGUCAGUGACCAUUUCCCAGUGGAGGUGACCCUGAAAGCCCGCUGAGCCCGUCCCCGCGCCGGCAGCUGCCGGGGCGCCCCGGCACACACCUGCAUCCCCGGCGGGAGCCCACGCAUCACCAGUGCUAGCCAAGCUGCCUGCCGUCUCUGCACGGAGCCGCUCUUCGGGGUCUUGUGGGAGCGGGAUGCUCUCCGUUUCCAUUAAAAAAUGAGCUUUUUCCAGCCUUUGCA